AUGGAGAGCCCAGACCUCUCAACGGCCGACUUGGCCGGCGAGCUGCCUGACCUCCCUGCAAUCCCUACAACGCCCAGAAGGAGCGCGAGUGCUGCGCACGUCGAGACCGCCAAAGCUCCCGUAACACCAAUGAGGAGUGCCUCAGCAAGGGUUUCAAUCAAGGAGCCGAGCAUGACACCGCGGCUGAAGAAAAAGGUUCCUUGGAAGGGGAAGAACAUCAUGGUUCUUCUUCCCAAAGACGAGGAGCGUGGACGCCCCGGACAAGCGCCCAAGCCGCUGAACCAGACCGAGAUUGAAGGCAUGUUUCGGUCAUGGCAGGAGCUCGGGUACGACAUCAGCGGUUUUGACCUGGAUGUGGCGGAGGGCACGUACCAGGCCCGCACAGGGUACUCCCAGAGCCGAGACGCCUGGCCUGACUUCGACGAAGUUGCUAGAGAGCGUGCGGAACAUGCCUACAAGGUCACAUUGCCUGACUUGAAUGCCUGGAAGAACUACGUGAACGAGCUUAACGAAGCUAAAUUGCGAGCUCUCGGUGUCUCCUUCGGCGAUGACGACCCACCGCCGCCGUCAAUAUCCCCUGCGGCGUCACAACCUAGCCGGCAGGCCUCGGUGCAGUACCCGCCUCUGCCCUUCUCCCCGCCUAUGCCUACGUCCUCGGCCUCGAGCAACCAUGUGCAAGGAUACCCCUUCCCCACACAGUUCGUGCCUGGCGGCCGUUCCUCCGCAGGCCCAAGCCCGAGUAUGGUCUCUCCCGUUGGUUUUGGAAGCCACCCGGCCAAGUACAAUGCCCGACAGUCGAUCUCGGUCCCCAUGGGCCACUCGCCCUUCCAGAUGUCAAAUCAGCAUUCGCCAAUGGGCUGGCCUUCUCAGCACAGGACCGAUUCGCCCUCGCUGCUCAACGGGGUUCUUUCUCCCAUUUCGCCCUUUACUCCUGAGGGCUUCGCGCCGACUGGCAGCCCUGCAUUCAACGCACACCAGCGACACCAAUCUUUGCAGUACCCCAUGAUGCCCCACCAGCAGUUCAUGCAGCAACAGCAACCUGCGCGGGCAUCUCCACGCCUGCAGGAGGUGCGAGAGGAUGAGGAGGAGGCAGAAGAAGAGUGCACCCCCGCGAAGCCGUUGGAGGCCUCGCAGGUUAACGACGACGACCUCCAGGCCGAGAUCGACGAGGCCGAAUACCACUUGGAAGAACAGAUGCGCAACGAGCUGGAGCACGAGGAUUACAGCCCGCACAACGAGGAGGCCGCUGCGCAGGCUGCUGCGCAACAGCUUGCAGAUUUCUCUCAACAACAGCUUCCGUCGCAUGCGAGGGAAGCCUCCGUCCAGUUCCAGCCACACCCGCAAUUGCAACAGCAAUUCAUCCAGCAACCUGGCGACGGCCCUGUUCUCCACCACCCGCGGCCCCACAGCCGUGGCCACUCGCUGUCGCAGAACUUCUUUUCUCACCACGACGAGAUGCGGGCUCGUGGCGAUAGCUUGGCCGGAUGGCAUGAUGUUAACACCAAUCGGAUCGACGAGGCGGCCGAGAUCGAGACCAACCCCAGCAACCUCGGUACGCCUGUGCAGGACUUCAGCCUCACGACGCUCUUGCAGCAGCACCAGCGCUCCUUCUCCACGACGAGCAACCCGUGGAACGACGUCUCGUCGGCGUCGAGCAACUCGGGCAUGCCGAGAAGACCCAGCCAUGCCAGCAAGCCGUCACUGUCGAAGCUCAACGUCAAGGCCCCCGAAUUCAAGUUCAACCCUGGCCACGAGUCCAAGGCCAGUUUCACCUUCGGAAGUGGCAGCAAUAAUUUCCAGCCGUCUGUUUUCCAGGCGGGCGGCGGAUCUUUCGCAUCGUCUGUCGCCUCGCCAUCGGCACAUUCAUUUGGCGCACAGUCCAUCUCCAAGAUUAAUGCUGCUGCCCCUGUCUUCUCCCCCGGCCAAAGCGAAUUCAGCUUUUCUGCCUCUGGCCCGAAGUUCCGACCGGAUGCGCCAGCCUUCACACCCUUCGGCAAUGUUUCGGACUCUGUCACCAGCCCUGUGUCAGGCAGCGAAAGCGUCGGCAACCGCACUAGCUCCAUUUUCGGCAAUAUUGAUCUGAGCCUUUCUGACGUUGUUAAACCUCCCAAAAAGAGCAAGGCCAUUCCGAUCAUUCGUCCAAGCAGCAGCAGCAACAACAAGGACGACGAAUCUCAAGAUGACCUUCCCGAUGACGCAGACGGUCGCCUGAUUGAUGAGUCGCGCAUCAAGAGGGCCAAGGCUUCGAGAGGGGAUGGCGAUGACGUUCCCCUGUUUGCUGAACCAUCGCCUGAGCCCACCGGAAUGCAAUCGCUUCAGCUCGGAUCAAAGGAAGAGCAGGAUGCCUCCGAGCACAAGUCGGGCGAUGAGCAAGCCUUCACGCCUGCAGACACCACAAUGUCCUCUACCGCCGCCUCCGAGCACCCUACUGAUUCUAAGGCUGUCACUGCUACUAGCCCCUCUGAUACUUCGCCUGAUCAGCAGCAACUGAACUGGGCACCUUUUGAAUUUGAGUCAAAGUCGGACGUCCAGAACUUCAACGAUGCUCGGCCGUUCGGUAUCGACACUUACAAGAAAGGUCACAACAAGUCACUGUCUGCCACCGCUAGGGCAUUCGUUCCCGGCGGCGGCUGGGCUAUUGCGCCCGAGUCCGAGACCGAGGAGGACGAAGAGGACGACCGCGACAGAGAAGACACUGUCGAGCCUGUACUGCCGAGUACCGAGGCUCCGGUCCAGUCAUCGCCUUUGCGUGGACCGUCCCCCCGCGCACCAACCCCUCCCAAAUUCGGUGCCCUCAAGGGACUCGGCGCUUCUCGCUUCGCCAGCCCGCCGAAGAGUAAGGGUCUUUCUGCGUCUCGCUUUGCGGCUUCUCCCUCACCUGCUCGCCAAGUUGAGGAGGAGCUUGAAGAAGGAGAGUUUCCUGAGGAAUACGUCGUCUCCGAAGCCGAAGAGCAUGUCGACGAGCACCAAGCUCGCGAGUUCUUCGACGACCAACCCGCGGACAAGGUCAACGAUGAGCCUCACGAGCCGACCUUUGAGGAGAUUGAUGCCAUCAUGGAUCACCUCAAACAUAAUGAUCCAACUUUCGGCGUGAACAAGGUCACUACCGAAGCUACCAACUGGCGCCAGCCUAGUCCCCAGAGACAAAUCCAUGUCGCUGGCGUUACCAACCUGUCGCCCUAUAAGAUGCAAGCCGGCAGUCAAUACCGCAGCAGGACGUCCAGCCCCGUCCGGCAAUACCGCGACCUCCCUGCCGACAACUCGGCGAUGCCCAGUACGGAAGUUGAGGAUCCUUUCGUCGAUCCUCCUAUGAGCAUGCAGUCAUUCGAUGCUCCCAUCACCCACUUGAUCGGGGAAGAGAGCAUUGCGCACAGCGACUGGGAGGAAGCUUUCACUGCCGAGGAACAGGCUAAGCUGGAGCAGCGUGUCCAAUUCUUCGACGGCCGUGUCAAUGAAGCCGUCGGCGAUCUGCUCUCCGCUCGCCUCGGCCCCUUGGAGAAGGCUCUUCUUUCCAUUAAGCAGUCACUCCGGGGUGGUUCCAGAAGAGCUUCCUCUUCCGUCCGUCGCAGCGUGUCUGCGGACAUCCAGCACAGCGAUGCUGACGACGAGGACGAAGAACCUGUGCCUCGCCGUUCGUUGAGCCCGCGCCGUGACAAACGCAUGGAGCAGAUCCGCGCAGCCGUCCUCGACGCCUUUGCGGUACAGCAGCGAAGCAUGCCCCCCGUGGCCCCAGUUGCCGCACCUGCCGCCUCCGACGACGCCUCCACCGCUGCCGUUCUCAAGGCUUUGGAGGAGAUGAGGGAGCAGUUUGGCGCAUCUAUGCGUCUUGACUUCCGCGGUGAGGAUCUGCGCAACAUUGUGGAGGAGGCUGUUGAGAAACGCAUGCCGACGCCAUCCCAGCAGGCCACUGCUGAUCGAGGCAACGACGAGGCCGUCAAUAACAAGCUGAGUGAGCUCCAGGCUAAGAUCAUUGAUCUUGAGGAACGCCUUUACGUCGAGCGAAACCAGACUGAGAAGGAGGUCACUGAUCGUCGUGCUGCCGAAGAUCUCGCGGCAGAGCUGGAGAGAAAGCUGCAGGCUGCCGAGACCCGCGUCGAGGUCGAAAUCAUGAACCGAAGUAUCUUUGACAACCGCAUUAGUGACCUCGAGGAGAAGCUCAGGAACCAGGAGGAGAGGGCUCAGACAGAGUUGGACGGCCGCCGUACAGCCGAAGAUAGACUCUCCGAGGUCCAGCGGCUUCUCCGCAUUGCUACUGAAGAGGAGAACCGUCUCAGAGAGGAGGUCGAUGAGCAAAACCACAAGAUCAAGGCCCUCGAGCAGGCCGCUUCCAAGCACACCAUGCGUGUGGCUCUUAUGGAGGCCUCGCAGACCAAUGCUACGCAGGCCCAGACUGAGCUCACCAACAAGAUCAACCUAAUGGAUGACGACCUGCGUACCGCCAAUCAACAAGCCACCCGCUGGCGAUCCGAAGCGGAGCGCGCUGUUGAGACCGCCCGCCGAUUACAAAUCGACUACAACGGGGCUCUCGAUGACAACAAGGAGUUGCAGAAGUUCCUCGCUUCUCUUGGAGCCCAGCUUCAAGAGAACGAGCGUAUCCGAGAAAGCUGGCGCGCAAAGUUUGUCUCUCUCCAGGAAGACAUGGCUCAGGCUGCUCGCGACAUCACAGAGGAGAAUGCCCGCCGUACCAAACGCGAGCAGGCACUGCUUGCACGUCAAGAGGUCCUGGACGCCAAGCUCCAAGCCGAGGCCCGUACACGUGAGCGUCUAGAGACCGAGAUCGAGCGACUGGAGAAUGGUGAGCGCCAGGGAAUGCGUGCUGUCAGCGAGUGCAAGCGACUCGAGACCCUGCUCGGCGAGAUGAAGACUGAGAACCACAAACUCCACCAGUCUGCCAUGCGCUACCAGAGCGAAUUCAAGGAGGCCAGAGAGUCCGGUAUCAACGAGGUCCAGCGAACGCGCGCCGCUAUGCAGCGCGAGAUUGAUGAGGCCAAUCACCACGUCAACGUUGUUCGCGAGGAACUCGAGGAACAAAUUGUCAAGAUCAGAGCCGAGCUCGAUCAGGCCAACAUGGAUGUUGAAACUGCCAAGGCUCAAUCUGAAAUGAUGAUGGAGGAAGCUCAGACCAGCAAGGCUGAAGCUAUCGAGGAGCUGAAGCGCAAGCACCAGAACGAGCUUGAGGACUUCCAGACCCGUUGGGAGCGCCAGCUCAGCAACGCCGUUGAGGAUGGCCAGAAGACCGAGCAGCACCUUCUCGAGCGUCUCAGCCUUUCGACAUCCAAGACCGAGCACCUGCAAGACCGUGUCGCCCACCUGGAGGAGAAGCUUGAGAUUGCCAAGGAGGCUGCCCGCGCCGCCGCUCAAGCUGCCAAGUCUGCCGGUGUCGAGCCACCUGCGCAAUCCGCUGCGACCUUGCAACCCAAGGCCGCCGCCACCGUUGCCGCCGCCGUGCCCAAGGCCAUGGACCUUCCCGAGAAGAUCUCACCCCAGGCCCUGCGGGAGUCCAUCAUGGUCCUGCAAGAGCAGUUGCAGGCCCGCGAGCAGCGCAUCGAAGAGCUCGAGUCCACCGUCGCCAAGCUCGACCCCGAAGCGCCGACGAAGAUUUCCAAGCGCGAUGACGAGAUCACCUGGUUGCGUGAGCUUCUUGCCGUGAGACACGGCGACCUGCAAGACAUCAUCCUUGCCGUGUCCGCUCAGGACUUUGACAGAGAGGCUGUCAAGGAUGCCGCCAUUCGCCUCAAGGCUAACCUUCAAAUGGAGGAGCAAGAGCGCGAGCGCGCGAUGAACGGUGGAUCGGCCAUCAACCUGCCCAACAUUGCCCAGUCUCUUCGCGAGGCCGCCUCGCCCCGCGUCGCUCAAGCUGUCGGCCCUCUGGCUGCAGCAUGGGGCAACUGGCGAAAGUCCCAACAGCCCAUCUUCUCGUCAGGCGGACGGACACCCCGGCCUUCAACAUCACGGUCUGCCUUGACCAGCAAUCACACCCCUUCCCGAUCGACAGCCUCGGCAUCAUUCAGCAAUAAAGCUAAUGGUUUGAUGACGCCACCGGCCUCUGGCCUCCGCCAGACCCCUCCGGCGAGCACGGAGGAACUCCAGCCGACUGCCUUCCAGACUACCGGCCGUCGGUACACGGCUCAGCAGCUUCAGAACAGAGCCCGAGGACCGUCGUUGGCCGAUGUGCCAUCCGAGCCUAUGCCCCUGAAGAGCCCGCCUGGCCGUCGCCCAUCGAGUCGCUCCCAACAACCCAUGACGCCCCCGAUGAUGCGGUCCAGCGCAUACGACUCGGACGCUCACCCAGGCGACUUUGACGACACCGACUUUUUUGAAGAUUAA